UAAAAAUAUUUUAAAAUUCAUAGUCAGAUUCUUCACUGAGAGGUCACAAAUUCUCUUGAAGAUCCAACCAAUGCCAACUCUCUGAUAUUUCUCUAUCAAAGCUAGGGUUUUCUUCCUUUCAAGCUCCCUUUUUAAUCCUCGAAAAUUUCCGCUUUCUAUAGUCGUUUACUCAAAAAACCCACUCUGUCAGCUUCCUCUGGUUCUACAAUUUAGGGUUUCGGAUUUGAUUCAGUGUCGAAUUCUUGCUUUUAAUGUCAGAUCAGAGUUCUAAUUUUGGGUGCUUGAUGGUCCUUUAAUUUUUUUCCAGCUGAGAGUUUGAGGGGUUUGUUCAUAACAGUUUUGAUUUGUGGACUUUUGGGAUUGAACUUGUUGAUUUUCUGGAGGUUUUGAUUGGGGUUUGGGUGGUGCUGCAUGUAAAAGGAUUAUCGAAUCCAGGGUUGAAUUUUAGAGGGUUUCUGAUUUGGAGAUUUUAGGGUUUCAUUUUGAGGUAUUAAUUAGAAAAAAAGAAAGAGGUAAUCUUUUUUGAGUAUGGGUUUGAUUCGUAGCUUUAAUGUGUAACCAUUACGGGGUCCUCUGCCCCCUAUUGUAGAGGAUCCCUAUUGAAAAACCCGAAAAUUUUAUGAUAUUUACCAAUCUUGAUAAGCUCGGUGAAGCUUGCUUGGAUAUUAGUGUUAUCCUGGAUAAAAAAGACGAAAAAUCAAGUGGGAAGUCUGUUGAAUUUUAGUUUUGGUGGAUUCAUAAUUUUGUAUUUGUGUAAAUUGUGGAGGAAAUGUUUGCUUCUGGUCCAGAAACAGGCCAUGAAAACAGGGGAGUUUCGAGGCCACUUUUGGUUCCAAUGCGCUUCAUCUGGCCUUAUGGGGGAAGUAGAGUGUUUCUAACUGGUUCUUUUACUAGGUGGUCAGAGCAUAUACCUAUGUCUCCAAUGGAGGGUUGCCCCACUGUAUUUCAAGUAAUUUGUAGCUUGAGUCCUGGAUAUCAUCAGUUUAAGUUUUUUGUUGAUGGUGAAUGGCGGCAUGAUGAUCGGCAACCCUUUGUAAAUGGUAAUUAUGGUGUGGUUAACACUGUCUUUAUAGCUAGGGAACUGGAUGUGGUUUCUCCAAGUGUUAGUCCUGAGGCCCCAAGUAGAUCCCACAUGGAUGUUGAUGAUGUUUUUAUUUGUUCGGAACCAGUUCCAACUAUAUCAGAUGCAGAUUUAGAAGUCUCUCGGCAGCGCGCAGCCACUUUCUUGUCAAGACAUACCGCGUAUGAGUUGCUUCCGGACUCGAGCAAGGUUAUUGCCUUGGAUGUCAAUAUAGCUGUGAAGCAAGCAUUCCAUAUUCUGCAUGAACAGGGAAUCCCCAUGGCUCCUCUCUGGGAUUCUUUCAAGGGCCAGUUUGUUGGAGUUCUUAGUGCACUGGACUUUAUUCUUAUCCUAAGAGAGUUGGGGAAUCAUGGUUCGAAUUUGACAGAGGAAGAAUUAGAGACACACACAAUAUCAGCUUGGAAAGAGGGAAAGGUGCAUCUCAGCAGACAAAUUGAUGGCAAUGCAAGUUCAUACCCUAGAUGUCUUGUUCAUGCUGGGCCUUAUGAUUCGUUGAAGGAUGUUGUGCUGAAGGUUUUAAGAAGUAAGGUGGCAAUGGUUCCCAUCAUUCAUUCUGCUUCACAGGAUGGUUCAUUUCCACAACUGCUAAAUCUUGCCACCUUGUCGGAAGUACUAAAAUGUAUAUUGAGACAUUUUAAACAUUCAUCUAGUUCCUUGCCCAUUCUUCAACAACCAAUUUGUUCAAUUCCCUUGGGUACUUGGGUACCGAAAAUUGGGGAAUUAAAUGGUCAGUCGUUGGCAAUGCUGCGACCAAAUGCCUCUCUUGGUGCUGCCUUAUCACUGUUAGUUCAAGCCGAUGUAAGUUCCAUACCAAUAGUGGAUGAAAAUGACUCAUUGGUUGACGUAUAUUCACGGAGUGAUAUAACUGCUUUGGCAAAGGAUAAAGCUUACGCACAAAUUCGUCUUGACGAAAUGAGUAUUCAUCAGGCAUUGCAACUGUGUCAAGAUGCAAAUUCUAUCAAUGGACAAAGAUGUCAGAUGUGUCUACGGUCAGAUACUCUGCACAAAGUGAUGGAGCGGUUGGCAAGUCCUGGGGUUAGGAGACUUGUGAUUGUGGAAGCUGGCAGCAAGCGAGUAGAAGGAAUCAUUUCAUUGAGUGAUGUGUUUAGGCUCUUGCUGGGUGUUUAGCUUGAAAAGGUCUAGCUGUAAUUCUCUCAAGAGGGCUUUACUAUUUCUGUGAAUUCUGUUUUCUGCUCCUCCGUCCGGUGCUCCCUUGCUGAGUGGUCUUAGUUGUUACUCUUUGUCGUUUGAUUGGUGGGGGGCUUCAUCACUCUAAAGCCCCACCAUUUUUAGGAUAGAAAUUUCAAAGAGCAAGGAUAGAUCUGUAAAUUGUGAGUCUUUCAAUUUCCCCCCCUUAUUUCCAUGACCCUAAUUGUUGUCGACUCAACAAUUGCUGCUGGAGCAGCUCCCAUUCGUGAAUCUCUGCUAACAGGGGAAAAAAUGGGACAAAGAAAAAAAAGAAAAAAAAAAAAGGAGGGGCUAAAGUGUAUGGGGGUAUGUUGUUGGGAUGUAUUUAUAAAAUGGGUGGUUAUUUUCAUUCGUCAUAUACAUUAUAGUCUUUUUUCCUGAGGAAAAAAAAGAUUAAAAGAAUUUGUUGAUGCUGCAUUUAUUUGUAUGUUUUAUAUUUGGCUAAGCAAUAUUUCUAUAAAUAUUUUUAUAUAUUCUGGUACCAACUACAUUCUGCAGAUAUUGAAAAAUGAAGUCUUACAUUUUUAA